CAACAACUACCGUGUGUACUCAGAUCAAGUGACGUCACAACUAUAGUGGGCGUGUCAUGUGUUUAUUAAUAAUGGGUGGAGCUCAUUUGUUCAGCAAGCAAACUUGUAAACUUUUCUCUUAAAUGGAAGCCAGGAGAGAAGAGAUCGACACUAGCCACACUCGCUUCAUAGAUGCUGCAAACCCUUUAUUCUAUUCACUCUCUGUUGUAUUAAUCUUCUUCACUUUGCUAUCGUUGAGUUGGCCACUUGUUGCAUUAUGGAGCUGUGGAUUUGGUGUUUUAGGAGCUUAUCUCUUGUUCAGGAAUAGAAAAUUGGUUCCUAAUCUUUUACUUCAUCUCAGACCAGUUGUUAAUGUAGAGGAAGAUGGCGACAAUUCAGUUAAAGAUUUAACGUGUCCAGUUUGUUCUAACGCAAACUGCUCAUGUCAUAAAGUACUUAAACCCAAUGAUUGUGACGUUUCAAUGCCAUGGAAAGAUCUUAGUGUUCCCGAAACUAUUGAUAAUUCGUUGUCUAAUUUUCUUAAUAUUAUAAUGGCAAGAUUCAUUACAACUUGGCACAAGGAUAUUACACAAACAAAAUCAUUUGAUACUCAAGUUCGAAAAAUUAUUCGACACGCCCUCUGUCUGUUUUUAUGCAGAGUGAAGGAGCUGGAUAUUCCUAAGAUUGUGACUGGUCCUUUGCUUCAAGUACUGGCCGAACACAUGCAGCUGUACAUUAAUGUCAGGAAGAAAGUUCCUCCAAAUUCCUCGUUGAAGCUGAUUGAGAGUGUUGCCAUAAAAACCUUAGGGCCACGCCUACACACAGCAUUGAAAGGAAAGACUGGAGAGUUUCGCUACUUUAAGAACCUUACGAGGAUUGCCCUCCCUUUUCUUCUCUCGUCAGAUAACAUUAAAAGCAAGGUAAUGAAGAUCUUUUUGGAGGAAUUGUUUGCUUCAAAAAUAAUGAUACCAACCAUGGCACAUGUGUCAACACCUGAUUUUUUAAACAUGAUCCUAAUAUUAAUCUUUGAUAAGGAUUCAAAACUGUGUAGAUUGCCUUAUCCUUCCUCAAGAAAUGUCUUUUUGUUAGAGAAAUUCUCACACCAAAACACAGUACAGUUACAAAUUACUUUGAAUAAUAUCACUAGUGAUCAGAAGUUGUUAUGUUCUUUCAUGCAAUAUCUCAAAAUGCAACAUGCCAUCCACAUACUACAGAUUUAUCUUACAUGCCGUGACUUGUUAAAGGAUGUGGCUGGAACAAGAAUGGGCGCUCUUUUUGCUCAAAAUGCUCACAUUUAUCUUGAUCAAGUUCACCAGCUGUGUGGUUUGUAUUCGACCGCUUCUUCCGAUCAAACUAUUGUACUGGAUCAAUCUAAAAUAGCCGAUAUUAAAGAUGUGCUAAAUAGAGAUAUAUCUGAUCUGACAAAACUGUCUUUAGUAAUUGGGCAAGGUUUGUUAGACAAGCUAUUUGUGCUGUCAAGUGAAACACUUUCUGACAUUUUCUGUGAAUCAUUCUGCCAAAGCCAAGAGUACUGUGACUAUCUUUACCCAAAGUUAACAGCCGAGACAAGAAAAUCAUUAUUAUCCACCGACCAGCACUCACUUAAUCGACAUUUUGAAAAAUGGAGGAACAGGAGAAAGAGAAAAAUCAGGCCCUACAGCUCUUCUAACGACUUAUCGGAGGCAAGUCUCAAUACAACUCCGCCCCUCUCAGUUACAAGGCAGCGUUCAUCAUCAAAUCCACCCACGCCCACUUUGGGUGAGAAUGGAGGAGGAGUGGCCAUGUCUGAUCUGUUGGAGGAGAGCGUCAUAGUGUCUUCAUGUCUCAUUCAAAUUGUCGACUCAGAGACGGUCCACACUUCAAUCAAACCAUACACGGUUUAUAUUAUAGUGUCCAGACAAGAGAGAGAUGGAAAAACCUCCACUGUGAAAGUUAGAAGGAGGUACAAGGAAUUUGUGGUCCUUGACUCCAGAAUAAAGCAAUUUUAUCGCAAUGUCACUGUUUAUUUCCCACCGAAAAGAGCGUUUCAUAAUUUGGACAAAAACUUUAUCGAGUCAAGAUCUAAAGAACUCGAAAGUUAUUUACAAAGACUUGUCCAGGAACCUGAGAUAAGAAACUCCCAAUUGUUGCAAAGUUUUCUCUCGGAGACCUCCGACACUACCCUAUUCAUGCCUGACUCUGUUGGCGAUAAAGCAGGUAAAAUAAUAAAGUCUGUCCCUCGGGCUCUUAAGAAAGAACCGAAAGGACAGCACCUUGAGAACCUUUUGGUCGCUAUGGACGAAAGUGUUAUUAUAGCACCCAGAGAACCUUGUCCAGAGAAACAGGCAGAAACUGACGAACAGACAGCUGAGAACCAAGUCAUUAUUACUAAAUAUCAAAGGGAUCUUGCCGAUGAUUUCUCUCCUAAAGGCAACUAUAAGAAAAUGAAAUCAAUUUCAUCAUCGCCAGAGCCUAAAAGAAUAGUUUUAAACGGAAUAAUGGACUUAUUAGUAUUUUUAGGUGUCAAUGUAUAUUCAGUAUCUCAGUCAAAGCUAUCGGCUCUGCUAGCAGUCAAGAUAUUAGGACAAUCAAGCAUCGAAGCACUAUUUCACGAUCUUCUCUCAAAUCGUAUUGAACUUUUAUGCCAAGAGCCGGAGAUGUGUGAUCUCAUUGAGCGCCUGCAAUAUAGUUUAUUCUUUGAUGACAGUCCACCAAGGACAGCUGAUGAAAAGGAGACGAGAAGGAAGCUGGCAUUAGAUACAGUAUUGAACAGGCCACCAGAUCUUCUUGUUCAAUUAAUAGGGAAAGAAUCAUUCACUUAUAACACGUCACUGCUUAUAGAGGGACUACAGUCUCAGACGCUUAACAAGCACCUCUUGUUUUCACUUUUAGAUGUUGUAGUUUGUGAAAUAUUUCCAGAACUAAGGGCACAAUAACUUCAUCCAAAUUAAGUUAAAUUGUUUUAGACAGACCUAUUGUUGCAAUUUUUAUUGUUUAUUGUUUUUAUUCUUUAAAAAAAAUUAAAAAUU